AUGAGUUUGAUGGCAGCUCUGUGUGUGAACGUGGUGACAGUCAACAUGUUACUGAGUGUCUUCUUUCUUUCAGAUGUUUCAGUUGAUUGUGGAGAUAUACCAGGUCUCUCCAUCACUGCACCAAAGGAGAUGGAAGCACUGAGUGGAUCUUGUUUGUUAAUCCCCUGUAACUUUACAGCUAAAGAAGGAACACAUUUUAACAGCAGCAGAGACAUCUACGGAGUUUGGAUUAAAAGUGACUCAAGAUUUUUAAACAACAAAGACAAUGUAAUUUUCAACAGUAGUGGGUCAGUUAACAGCUACAAAAUGAAAAUGAUUGGAAACCUGACAGAACAAAACUGCACCACUCUGUUCUCUGAUUUGGACAAAAACAAAUCAAACAAAUAUUUCUUCAGAAUUGAGACUGAACAUUUCAGGGCAACAGCUUGUGAUGAUCCUCUUCAGAUAACAGUCAGAGAUUCUCCGUGGAGUCCCACAAUCAACAUCUCAGGUGAAGUGAAGGAGAAGAAGUCUGUCACUAUCAGCUGCUCAGCUUUCACUCCCUGUCCACACUCCCCUCCUCAACUCACCUGGAACCUCCCACAAAACUCUCACAGCCAAAUAGAAGAAAACACAGAUGGAACCUUUACAAGUAAAAUCCAGCAGAGCAUCACUCUGUCACACUCACAUGAUGGAUUCAACAUCAGCUGCUCUGCCACAUAUCCUGUGGAUGAAGGAAAACCUGGAAAGACCAAAGAGACACAACAGACUCUCAGUGUUCCAUAUGCCCCCAAAGAAACCUCAGCAUCCAUCAGUCCAUCAGGUUUGGUGUCAGCAGGUAGCUGGGUGAACCUGACCUGCUCCAGCAGAGCCAAUCCUCCCGUCAGCAACUUCUCCUGGUUCUUAAAAACUGAACAUGGAUCCAUGAAAGUAGCUAAAGGACACUUUUAUCAGUUUAGUGUCACUCGUGGAGGAGUUUAUUACUCUGAGGUCACAAAUAUUCUCGGUAAUAACAGGUCAAAUGAGAUUCUUCUGACUGUUGAAGGUGAGGAGGAAGAAAUCCACUAUGGAGACAUCAAGUUCUCUGAUGGGAGACCUGCACCUUCAUCCGUCGGGGAGCAGGACAGCGGACAGCAGCAGGAAACUGUGUACGCACGGAUCAAAGCGUCCAAAUCAGAAAGCAGCUCAGAGCAAACUGCUGAAGGCCUCCAGGAUAUCUACGCUAAAGUCAACAAGAAAUGA